UGGGAUUCAUAUGAAUGGGCCAAUUAGGAUAAAGGAAUCCUUUAUUGGUGUUCCUUGUUGCCGGUGCUAUUCACUAUUUGGUGAUCGCACGAACGGAAAGGACGGAUCGUCCAGUUGGAACUAAGUGAAUCGAAGCCAGCAAGCAGCACGUAAUAUCAUACAACAGGAAUCCAGACGACGAUCAUGAAGCUACUGAUGACUCUGGUGAUGUUCAUCACCAUAGCUUUUCGCGAGACUUACGGAUAUGGAAGGAUGAUCGAUCCGUUGAGCAGAAGUAGUCUCUGGAGGAAAAAUUUCCCGUCAAAGGUUAACCAAGAUGACGCCCAUUUAAAUUGCGGCGGGCCAAUCGUGCAAUUCGACAAGAACAAUGGCAAGUGCGGAGAAUGCGGUGACGAUUACUCCUUACCUCGACCACGGCCGAAUGAAAACGGCGGUACCUACGGGAAAGGGAUGAUCGGUCGUGUGUACAGGAAAGGUUCUAUCAUCAACGUGAACGUUGAGCUCUUGGGCAGCCAUCAUGGUCAAUUCUAUUUCGACAUCUGUCCAAUGUACAUGGUCAAGAUAGAAACUUUUGAAUGCUUCUAUCGACAUCCUCUACUGUUGGCUGAUGGUAGUGGCUACACGUACAACGUUACUAAGACGGAAAAACAGCUGAGGAACGUCGUUGUCAAGCUAAAACUGCCACUAAGGCUGGACUGCGAUCAUUGCGUCUUGAGGUGGCAGUUUUUCGCAGAUGAUAACUAUUUUGAAGAAAGUGGGAUGAUAAUGUCCCACCCUUAUAAAGCGACUUGGAGAAACUGCGCUGAUGUCGCCAUUAUAAAAAGUAGGUCUACGCAGUUUCUCAGGAAGGGGAUUAAUUCAAGAAGUAACCCACCAAAUUACGUGGGCGGGACAGGCUUAUCGGGAACUGUGCAACUAUAUAAAGUGAGUCAAGGCAAUUUCACAUUGAAUUUCGCGUCGGAGUUCAAGCUUCACUUCCGUCACAAGAGACGUCACAGGAAAAAAGGUAGAAUGGCAUUCGCAAAGGUACUGGUCCUGGCGUUGGUGGCCGCCAUUAAUUUGCAGGGGAUUUACGGCCAUGGAAGGCUGAUGGAUCCCAUAAACAGAAGCAGCGUCUGGAGGGACGCCCGAUUUAAACAUUUGAAUCUACCAAAGAACUACAACGACAACGAGAAUUUCUGUGGCGGCGUAGGCAUUCAUCACGGAAAAAACGGUGGCAAGUGCGGACUAUGUGGUGACGAUUGGUCUAGACCUCAACCACGGGCGAAUGAAAAUGGAGGCCUCUAUGGAAACGGUGUCAUCGUCUCAGAGUAUAAGAAGGGUCAAACCAUCACUGUAUACGUUCAUCUCUCAGCCAACCACUUGGGUACAUUUAAUUUCAACGCCUGCCCGCUGAAAAGUCCCACAGACUUGGAAACUGAUGAAUGCUUCGAGCAGUACCCUCUGCCGUUGGCCGAUGGCAGCGGCUACCUUCGCAAGGUUCCGGGAGGAGUGAGGGAGUUCAAGAUCGACUUGAAGCUACCAAGUAAUCUCUCAUCCAAACACACCGUGAUCAGGUGGAAUUACCGCACGGGAAACACUUGGGGAAUUUGCCCGGACGGAAAAGGAGCAAUGGGUUGCGGUCCUCAGGAGACCUUCAGAAGCUGCUCUGACGUGUCCAUCUUGUAAAACGGUUAGUUGGCGAGUCCGACCGUCCCGGAAGCAUCUAUCGACGCUCCCGAGAAUCUUUAAUGAGCAAAAACGGGUAAUUUGUCGGAUCGGGGAAUGUGGGAUCGGGGGAUUCAUGACGUUUUACUUGAUGAGAACAUUUCUGACCGCUUAGACCAGGACACGACUAUGGACAAAUGAGAAAAAGAGAUAUUGGCGAAUACUUCCGCUUUCGUGAAGAUUAAUUAGACACGAGAAACCGAUAGAACGUAAUUAAAUUCGUAAAUUUGAUUCGGUACUCAUAAAUUUGAAAGAAACUGAAAAGUGUAUUCGGUUCGGUAACUUCAAAGGUUUCUGCGCUGCAUAAAGCCUGCUGCUGGAAGAAAAAGACAUUGUUGCGUUACUUUAUCUUUUUCUCACUAUGUAUUGCUCCUGAAGAACAAUGGGAAUGUAUCAGUCUUCCAAUAAAAUAAUACAGAUACAGCCGGCAUUACACAGCAUGGAGCGCUUUGUAUCAUGUUUGCGCAAAAAUUUCGUCGUGUUUAUCUAAUAAAAUAGAAAGCGAAAAAUAUAAAAUAAAAUAGAGAAAACAAGAUAAAAUAAAAUAGAAUGGAAUAGAAUAAAAAUGAAAUUGUCUAAUUUUCAAGGGUUGAUAAUUGGUUACAAAUAAAAUGAAUAUCUAUUCGAUA